AGAAAAUAUGAAGAGUAGAGGAAAUUAUUAAGAAGUAGGAGAAUGGACUGCUGAAUUAUGAAGUACUCCAGACCCAGGAGGAGAGCACCACUCUGACAUUCACUGCCUUCUCCCCUACUAGUUAUUUAGAUUGGACUUUUAAUACCCUACCAGCUGCUCUUCAGACACACAUGGUGCAUUGUUGCCACUCCCCAGAUUGCAUCUCUGAAACACAGGCUCUUAGUAACCUUCAGCAAACAAAGAGGCCGCCUCCCGGGGACGCUUGCUGGGAGGGUGUCACCCUGACUGCCCUCUAGCUUCGGCUGGCUCUGGAUUGGAAUUCUGCCAUGGAGCCUCGCAUGGAGGCCUGCCUGGCACAGGUGCUGCAGAAGGAUGUGGGGAAGCGACUGCAGGUUGGCCAAGAACUGAUAGACUAUUUCUCAGACAAACAGAAGUCUGCCGACCUUGAGCAUGACCAGACCACAUUAGACAAACUCGUGGACGGACUCGCUACCUUUUGGGUGAACUCCAGCAAUUACAAGGUGGUUCUCCUGGGCAUGGACAUCCUGUCCUCGCUGGUCACCCGGCUGCAGGAUCGGUUCAAGGCACAGAUCGGCACAGUGCUGCCGAGUUUAAUAGACAGACUGGGCGAUGCUAAAGACUCUGUGAGGGAGCAAGACCAGGCCCUGCUGCUGAAGAUCAUGGAUCAGGCUGCUAACCCCCAGUACGUGUGGGACCGGAUGCUGGGAGGCUUCAAGCACAAGAACUUCCGCACCCGGGAAGGCACGUGUCUCUGCCUGGUCGCCACACUCAACGCCUCUGGAGCACAUACCUUAACACUAAGCAAGAUCGUGCCACAUAUAUGUAACCUGCUCGGAGAUCCAAACAGCCAGGUUCGAGAUGCAGCAAUAAACAGCUUAGUGGAAAUUUACAGACAUGUAGGAGAACGUGUGAGGGCAGAUCUCAGUAAGAAAGGAUUGCCACAGUCCCGGUUGAAUGUAAUUUUUACAAAAUUUGAUGAAGUCCAAAAAUCUGGAAACAUGAUACAGUCUGCAAAUGAUAAAAAUUUUGAUGAUGAGGAUUCUGUGGAUGGUAAUAGGCCUUCUUCUGCCAGCUCUACGUCAUCCAAAGCUCCAGCAAGCUCCCGCAGAAACGUUGGAAUGGGGGCUACCCGCAGGCUCGGCUCAUCCACCCUUGGAUCCAAGUCUUCAGCUGCAAAAGAGGGAGCUGGUGCUGUCGAUGAAGAGGACUUUAUUAAAGCAUUUGAUGAUGUACCUGUAGUCCAGAUCUACUCCAGCCGAGACCUUGAGGAGUCGGUAAACAAGAUUAGGGAGAUACUGUCUGACGACAAGCACGACUGGGAGCAGAGAGUGAACGCCCUAAAAAAGAUUAGAUCUUUACUUUUGGCUGGUGCUGCUGAGUAUGAUAACUUCUUCCAACAUUUGCGUCUUUUGGACGGAGCCUUUAAACUAUCGGCUAAGGAUCUGCGGUCUCAGGUAGUGCGGGAGGCUUGUAUCACCUUGGGGCAUCUGUCAUCAGUGCUGGGGAGCAAGUUUGACCAUGGAGCUGAAGCAAUCAUGCCAACGAUUUUUAAUUUGAUUCCAAACAGUGCCAAAAUUAUGGCCACCUCCGGUGUUGUAGCUGUUAGGUUAAUCAUUCGGCACACACACAUCCCUAGGCUAAUACCCAUCAUAACAAGCAACUGUACCUCCAAGUCUGUCGCCGUUAGAAGGCGCUGUUUUGAAUUUUUAGAUUUACUUUUACAAGAAUGGCAGACACAUUCACUGGAACGACACAUAUCAGUAUUAGCGGAAACAAUAAAGAAGGGAAUACACGAUGCUGAUUCGGAAGCACGGAUAGAAGCCAGAAAGUGUUACUGGGGUUUCCACAGUCACUUCAGCAGGGAAGCGGAGCACCUGUACCACACCCUGGAGCCCUCCUACCAGAGGGCUCUGCAAAGCCACCUGAAGAGCUCGGACAGCGUGGUGUCGCUGCCCCAGUCGGACCGCUCGUCCUCCAGCUCGCAGGAGAGCCUCAAUCGGCCGCUCUCCGCCAAGAGAAGCCCUACUGGCAGUGCCACCUCCAGAGCUUCCACAGUCAGCAGCAAAUCCGUGUCCACCACGGGGUCCCUGCAGCGCUCUCGAAGCGACAUAGACGUGAACGCAGCCGCCAGCGCCAAAUCCAAGGUCCCCUCGGCUCCCGGUGCAGCGCCCUUCAGCUCCGCGGCAGCCUUGCCUCCGGGCUCGUACGCCUCCUUAGGUCGGAUCCGCACGCGACGGCAGAGCUCUGGGAGCGCCACCAACGUCACCUCCACGCCUUCCGACAGUCGGGGCCGCAGCCGCGCCAAAGUGGUCUCACAGUCCCAGCCUGGCAGCCGAUCAAGCUCCCCCGGGAAAUUGUUGGGAAGUGGUUAUAGUGCCCUUGCUGGGGGUUCCUCGAGAGGCCCACCUGCGACACCCUCUUCAGAAAAACGAAGCAAGAUUCCCAGGAGUCAGGGAUGUAGCCGAGAAACAAGUCCAAACCGCAUAGGAUUAGCCUCUCGACGUCAUUCCAGGUCCACUAGUGCUCUUGCCACGGCUGACUCUGUUGGGCAGUCAGACCGGUUUGGGCUCGGCCAGGCAGGAAGAAUACCCGGCUCUGUGAACGCCAUGCGGGUUCUGAGCACCAGUGCAGACCUGGAAGCUGCGGUCGCCGAUGCUUUGCUGUUAGGAGACUCCAGGAGCAAGAAGAAGCCCGUGAGGAGGAGGUACGAGCCGUACGGGAUGUAUUCUGACGACGACGCCAACAGCGACGCGUCCAGCGUGUGCUCCGAGCGCUCGUACAGCUCCCGGAACGGGGGCAUCCCCCACUACCUGCGCCAGACCGAGGAUGUGGCCGAGGUGCUCAACCACUGCGCCAGCUCCAACUGGUCCGAGCGGAAGGAGGGGCUCCUGGGCCUGCAGAACCUGCUGAAGAGCCAGAGAACGCUGAGUCGGGUGGAGUUGAAAAGAUUGUGUGAGAUUUUCACCCGAAUGUUUGCCGACCCUCACAGCAAGGUUUUCAGUAUGUUUUUGGAGACGCUUGUGGAUUUUAUAAUAAUUCAUAAGGGUGACCUGCAAGACUGGCUUUUUGUUCUCCUCACACAACUGCUUAAGAAGAUGGGAGCAGACUUGCUUGGGUCUGUGCAAGCGAAGGUUCAGAAGGCUCUCGAUGUCACCAGGGACUCCUUUCCAUUUGAUCAGCAAUUUAACAUUUUGAUGAGAUUUAUUGUGGAUCAAACCCAAACUCCUAACCUCAAGGUCAAAGUUGCAAUCCUGAAGUACAUCGAGUCUCUCGCUAGGCAGAUGGACCCAACAGAUUUCAUAAACUCGAGUGAGACAAGGCUUGCCGUUUCUAGAAUUAUAACCUGGACGACAGAACCAAAGAGUUCAGACGUGAGAAAGGCAGCACAGAUUGUGCUCAUCUCUCUGUUUGAAUUGAACACUCCUGAAUUUACCAUGUUACUUGGUGCCUUGCCAAAAACAUUCCAGGAUGGUGCCACCAAACUCCUGCAUAACCACCUCAAGAACUCCAGUAACACCAGUGUGGGCUCUCCGAGCAACACCAUUGGCCGGACUCCCUCUCGACAUCCCAGCAGCCGGACCAGCCCCCUGACCUCCCCCACCAACUGCUCCCAUGGGGGCCUGUCUCCAAGUCGGUUGUGGGGUUGCAGUGCCGACGGGUGGUCGAAGCAGCCAGCUCCCUUUCCUCAGCCUAGCUCCAUCCCCACCGCUCCCUCCCACAAGGCUCUCAGGCGCCCUUACUCUCCCAGCAUGCUGGACUAUGAUACCGAGAACCUGAACUCUGAAGAAAUCUAUAGUUCUUUGCGUGGAGUGACAGAAGCCAUCGAAAAGUUUAGUUUUCGAAGCCAGGAGGAUCUGAAUGAGCCCAUUAAAAGAGACGGCAGGAAGGACUGUGACGUGUCCCGCGACGGUGGCAUCACCUCCCCCGCCACCGAGGGCCGGGGUGGCAGCGACGCAGUGGAAGGAGGCCGGACGGCUCUGGACAACAAGACCUCCCUACUCAACACCCAGCCCCCGCGCGCCUUCCCGGGGCCACGGGCGCGGGACUACAGCCCCUACCCCUACUCGGACACCAUCAGCACCUACGACAAGACGGCCCUGAAGGAGGCCGUGUUCGACGACGACAUGGAGCAGCUGCGAGACGUGCCCAUUGACCACUCGGACCUGGUGGCGGACCUCCUGAAAGAGCUGUCCAACCACAACGAGCGGGUGGAGGAGCGCAAGGGUGCCCUGCUGGAGCUGCUCAAGAUCGCGCGCGAGGACAGCCUGGGCGUCUGGGAGGAGCACUUCAAGACUGUCCUGCUACUGCUGCUGGAGACGCUGGGGGACAAGGAUCACUCCAUCCGCGCGCUGGCACUCAGGGUGCUGCGGGAGACCUUGAGAAGCCAGCCAGCAAGGUUUAAACACUACGCGGAGCUGACCAUCAUGAAGACGCUGGAAGCCCACAAAGACUCCCACAAGGAGGUGGUGAGGGCUGCCGAGGAGGCCGCCUCCACGCUGGCCAGCUCCAUCCACCCGGAGCAGUGCAUCAAAGUGCUGUGCCCCAUCAUCCAGACGGCCGACUACCCCAUCAACCUGGCCGCCAUCAAGAUGCAGACCAAAGUCGUCGAGAGGAUCGCCAAGGAGUCCUUGCUGCAGCUCCUCGCGGACAUCAUCCCGGGCCUGCUGCAGGGUUACGACAACACCGAGAGCAGCGUGCGUAAGGCCAGCGUGUUUUGCUUAGUGGCGAUUUAUUCCGUCAUCGGAGAAGAGUUGAAACCUCACCUGGCACAGCUCACGGGCAGCAAGAUGAAGCUGCUCAACUUAUACAUAAAGAGGGCGCAGACCACGAACAGCAACAGCAGCUCCUCAUCCGACGUCUCCACACAUAGCUAAUGCGGCGCCAGAGUCCCCGUGUAGCCCUGGAAGCAAUCGGUGGUGCCUCUCAGAGAACUCCCCCUCCCCCCCAUCGGCUGCCCAGUCAGUACCAGGAGGCCCGCAAAUAUUUAUUACAAUCAGUAUUUUGAUCCCUUCCAGCUUUUGUGUAGAAUCAUACUGGUAUUGAAUGUAAAGGAAGCAAGGCCUGCAUUGCAUCUUCCUACAAAACAAAACAAAAGGAAUAAGAAAAGAAGAGCCAUACUUAAACCGUCUUGUCCAGCCUGCUGAGGUUGUAAAACCGUGUGUGUGGGGUGCAGUUUUUGAAAAUCAGAGCUCUCUAGCCGAUACCUGGUAGAAAGUAGCAUUUUCUCUUCAGUUAAUAAGAUUGGAGGAGGUUGGGUUAAGUUGUGUUUCUCUUUCAUCUCGGCCUCCUUGAGUCUGGAUGUGGUCUGUGUGGGGCAAAGCCCCACGCCUUCCACAACUGACACCAUGAAAGGGUUUGUACGUAGUAAGUUGUGUUUUAAGACCUACUAAGAAUAUGAAUCAAGUCUUGGCAAGAAGUGGUAGAAAAGCCUGAAGAUGGCCUUUUAACGAACACGUGGUAUCGUGCUCACGGUCUCCGGACUGGAGGCUGACGCCCUGCGCGGUCUCCUUCCAGGACGGGCUCCUGCCCCUCUGAGCAACCCCACCGAUGCCGGCGCUGCCCCAGAACUGCCACUUGAGAGGCUUCUUAGAGAUGAAAUUCAAACACAAAAAUCAAGGUAAAUCGACAGCCUUGGUUAGCGUGUGCUUGAAAUGGCCCUUUGUGCAGCGUCGAAGAUACCGGAGAAGCUGCUCGUUUUACUGCCGAGAUCCUGGGAAACACUAUUUAACAGCGCUUCCCCUGUGACCCUGGCUCCUGGUGGUGCCGAUUUAGGGCCCCCUCUCUUCCCUUCCCCAACCCGCGCCUGAGCGGCUUGAUUCUAAGAUGUUCUCGGUCAGUCUGGUAAAUGGCAGCUCUGCCAUCUCAGUUUUGAAUUCUCUGUUUAAUAUGGGAUUGAGAUCAAAGAAAAAUCUAGAGAGACCAGGUAUCAGGAUUUUUUUUUUUUUUAAUUUUAUGGACUGAAGUACUUCCUUGAUCCUCUGUUGAGAGAAUCAUGGUUUUAAGGAAAAAGUAAUUGUGGUGUGUGGCGGAUCGCAGAAAAACGGGAUUGGAAACACAGUUUUAGAGUCAAAUUCUUCAGUGAGAAACCUACCCCUUUAAAAUCUCUUCUUGAGGGUUUCACUGCUUCAGUGAAAGCAACUCCAGAUCAGGACCCUGGUUAACAAAGUUUGGAGUAAAAGGCUUCAAGCCAAAUGGAAGCUCUUAAUGCGGUCAGGAAGGUGUCUGUCUUCUCUUAGAUUCCACCGUAGCCCCUGUAAACGGAACUGACUUUUCCAUUUUGUUAAUGAUGUGUUUGCUGCUCUGGCGCCCAGUCCCUGCAGCUGCCAGGCUGUGUGGCUGUCACCCCUGAGCUGCAGAGCCACGAACGUAGCUUGUUUUCAUUCAGAAUCGACUUCAGGUACUUUAUGCGGAAAUGGGCACUGAAGACGGAGGUCCGCGAGCAGAGGCCGGGGCGCCCUCACUGCGUGCGCGUGCAUGCGCUUUGUGCGUGUGUGCGCGUAGCGGGUAUCCUGCGCGUGCGGGAGGGCCCGCGCUGCUGCAGUUGACGGAACAUCAGGGGCGCGCUUUACGUGGUCGAACGUUAUUGGCUUCUUACCGGCUCAGAGCCUAGCAGGCGCAGGCCUUACGUCCAUUGCUGUUUGUUCUUACAUCACUCGCGGGGUCGCUUUCUUGACCUCUACCAUCGUCAGCAUCUGAUGACUCGUCUGGGGCAGCACCUGUGUUCUGCCGGGUUAUUUCGGAGUCCUUCCUGGCGAGCGCGUGUGGAAAGGCCUCUCUCCUUCAGCUCGUGGACGCCCAGGUGGCCACGGCCCCGCCCGCACUCGGGAAGGACCUUGAACGUGGCCGCCGCGUCCUCCUGGCGCUCACAAAGGGCUAGCCUUGAAUGUCACUUGCCCAGCCGCGAUGUCCCAGCCCAACAGGGCCCGCCCGCUCCCGACCGACAGCUGCAGCUGCCCUGCCUCGCCGCCUCCCUGCAGGCGUCCUGCUUGGAUGAAACGGCAGAACACAGGCGAGCAGAGCACCCGAGACUCGGCCCGCCUGCCCCGUUGGCCUGACCGUCCAGGACCCCGAAAAGCCCCGACGCCACCGCCGGGGCGAGCUCGCCGGGUUCCUGCUUCCCUCCCGCUGCUGAGGCCCGGGGGGGGCGGGGGGGGCGCGGCCUUCCUGGGGCUGCUGCAGCCACGGGCCGCCCGCCACGGCCCCACUAGCCUCUCAGUCACGCAGCCGCACCCGAUCUGUCUCCUGAAUCUUUUUCUUGCCCCACCGCCCUUAAUUUAUCAAGCAUAAUAUUAUACGUUAAAGAACAGCAAAUAAGAACUUUGUAGACUCCCACCAGGACUUUGCUAACCAUGAUAUUUGGAGAUGAAAAAAAAUGCUCUGAAAAAUAUCAGCCACCAAAAUAGUUUUGUCGGCACUGUUCACACGCAUGGUCCCCACACCCCCAGGUUGGGUUUUUGGUUUUGGUUUUUGGUUUUUUUGGGCUUUUUCAUGUUACAUCCAUAUCUGUAUUUAUAUCUUAUUUGUUUCACUUUCAAGUGUAUCAUGGCAAAUGUACAGAUUUUUUGUUGUUGUUAAUAAUGUGCUAGGAUUUGCUAAAAAAGAAAACGAAAAAAAAAUCCUUUUGAGUUUGCUCUAGAAUAAAUGAGACUUAAUUCAG